AUGGUCACAUUUAAUCGCUUCUCUCCGAAUUGUACUCUCCCCAACGAAACACCCAUUGGCUUUGUCAAUGCACCAAACAUUCGCACAACCAUGCAAAUCGUUUGGAGUUGCUUCAGCGUCAUUCUGCUCUGCACAUGGUCCAUCCUUCAUCUCAAUGUACCGCCAGAGCUCAUGACGAGAGGUUCAUGGCAAUGGAUCUACAGAAAGCUGUUUCUCUUAUUUCGAAAGGUCUACUGGAUGGGCGUGAUGCUCAUUGCCCCAGAGUUUCUCACAACGUUCAUGACAAAGAAAAUGCUUGGGACAAAGGAAAAUGUCAAGGCCUUGGAAGAACUUGCCGAUGAGGAUGAUGUUGAAUGGACUCUAUCUCAUACAAUUCUUGCGGAUAUGGGAGGAAUUGCCAUCUACUUUGGCCCGCUCCCACGCCGUCCAUCAAACGGUCGUUCAAAGCAUAAGCCGGGCUCAGACCCCGAAGCCCUCAAGGCCUUACUCUCAAAAGAAAAGUCUGAGAAAAUGGUAGAAAGCUACGAGUUUAUCAAAUCAUUCAUGAGAAGGCAGAAUCGCUGGCUAGGAGGGUGCGAAAUACCAUGGGAGCCAUACAAGGCACAUUUCGAGCACGCAGAAAACGCCAUAAGAUUGCUACCCAAGGAUUCUCUAGAAUGGAAGACCCAGAACAUUGCCGCAUUGUCUGGAAGCGUAUGGACACUAGAUUCGAAGCAACUGGCCAUUGCAAGAAGCGAAGGCGUUAUCAGCAAACUGCCGAAUAUUCAACUGGCUGACAUUGAAGACAAGAAUAAAUCGGAUCCUUUGGUCAAGUUACUGGCCAUGAUGCAAGUCGUUUGGAUUGUCGUCCAGCUCUGCGCUCGAGUCUACUACGGACUUCCAUUCGCGCCCCUGGAGCUCACCACUGUCGCCUUUUCUGUUACUGCCAUUAUUUUGUAUUCAAGCGAAUGGGAAAAACCCAAGGACGUCAAUACUCCUGUCUAUGUCCCCGCUGCUGAGCAUUGUGUGACAGAAGAGGCCUUUAUAAAAAUCGCCGAAGCUGCUCCCUUCCCAUACAUGCAAUUUCCAUACCUGCAGUAUGGCAAAGUAUCACAUAUUGAUGCGAAAUCGUUUCUUGUUGCGCUGGCUACUGUCGUUUCCUUUGGCGGGAUUCAUCUCUUCGCAUGGAACUUCCACUUCCCGACUCCGGUUGAGGGAUUGCUCUGGAAGAUAUCCGCCAUCAUAACCAUUGCGUGCCCUACGCUAUAUGUGGGCAGUCACUUGCCUUUUAUGGGGAAAACUCCAAAGGAUGUUACGAAACCGACGGCGAGAAAAGUAAAGGCGGUUGUUGCGUUUACUUCUUUCUUCUAUUUUUUCGCUCGGUUGUUCUUGAUUACGGAGAGCAUCAGGUCGCUUUACUAUUUACCUCAGGAGGCCUUUAUUGCCACUUGGACGGCAGAUUUCCCACACAUGACGUGA